UGUCACGUACCUGAUUGGAGACUAAAAUGAUGAGGUCGGCCUCACUUGUGUCACUAGCCCUGACCCCACUGGAAGUGGAACAGAGGGUGUCUAGGGACCAGGGGGACAAGAGGGCCAGCAGAUGUUGUUUGCAGCUCUUGCAGCUGGAGAUUUUGGAAGACUGAUGAACCUCCGAUUCAGGAACAGUAGUGAUAUGCCGAGCUGAUAUGGUAGGUUGCCAGGUGUGCACCAGAGCAAGGCAGGAAGCUGGGAUGGGAGACAGGUACAAUGUCAUAGGAAUAGCCGGGGUCAUCAACGGGCGGACAGCGAGGUACCAAAUCAUAAGCAAGCCA